AUGAUCAGAGGUGAUUUAGUGCAUAUGGUAAAACGUGGUCUGGGCCAUGAAGGAUCAGGAAGACUUUCAUUAUAUAGAGGUUAUGAUCUGAGCCUUGAAAUCAGUGAUAUCGAGGGUUUUGGUAAAAAUAGUCUGAGCCGUAGAGGAAGAGUAAUGCCUGGAAAGAGACGUCCUUAUGGAGUUAUCACUGGCCUGGCAGCUAGGAAAACAACGGGACUUCGAAAAGGAAUUAGUCCCAUGAAUCGACCACCUUUGAGUGAUAAGAAUGUAGAGCGAUAUUUUCCAGUGUUAAAAAGGAAAACAGACCUUCUGAGACAAAAUGAAGUGCAGGGGAAACCAGUUGCAGUUCUCAAGAGACCUAACCAGUUAAAUAGAAAAAGUAAUAUUCCAGCCAACUUUACCAGAAGCGGAAAUAAAUUAAGCCACCAGAAAGACACUCGUCAGGCAACUUUUCUUUUCAGAAGAGGCCUGAAGGUUCAGGCCCAGUUGAACACAGAACAACUGCUAGAUGAUGUAGUAGCAAAGAGAACUCGUCAAUGGCGGACUUCCACCACAAAUGGAGGAAUUUUAACAGUAUCCAUUGACAAUCCUGGAGCAGUUCAUAACCCAGUAACUCAGAAACCACGAUUAACUCGUACCUCUGUACCAUCAUUCUUGGCAAAACGGGAGCAGUCUGAUGUAAAGAAAGUUCCUAAAGGUGUUCCCCUACAAUUUGACAUCAAUAGUGUUGGAAAACAGACAGGGAUGACUUUGAAUGAGCGGUUUGGGAUCCUGAAGGAACAAAGAGCCACUCUCACGUUCAACAAAGGAGGAAGCCGCUUUGUAACCGUGGGAUAGAUCUCCUGUCAAAGGAACUUUUUGACUGUUUGAAAAAUUACUUGGAGAGUUUGUCACAGGAAUUCAAGAAACUAUUUGAAAAUAGUCAUAAGGCUAAAUAUAAAUAACACAUUUUUAUUUUUGAAGGUUUUUUUUUAGAACAUGUAUAAAAUAAUACCCUGAAAGAAUAACAGGGAUAUCUAUUUGUUUUAAAGAUUUUAUGGUUGUCCGGAAAGAACAGUUCCUCUAUUUGACUUCUUUGGUUCCUCGUGUAGCAGAAGAAAAGCAGAAAGAUAGAAAGUGAUUAUUUUUCUGGGACUGGGAUUUAGUAUCUUGUAUCCUUUGCUCAGUUUUUAGACUUUGCCUUGGUAAACCUUGGUCUUCAGAAAUAUGAGUGAAUGUUUGUUGCCGUCACUUAUCCUUUAAUAGUGUUGGAUGUAAGUGUUGGUUGCAGUUGCCUUCUCUUCAGUAGAGAUAUUAAAACACAAAAACCAUUAAGAUUCCUGUUUGGGGGUUUUAAAAUUUAUGAGAAUCUCUGGAACUGAUUUUUUCAGGUAGUAUUGGGUUAAUCUAGCUGUAAACCUUAGUUGCAAACUUUUAACAAAAGUUAUGACUCAAGGCAGUAGAGACUCUUGGUUUUGGUACUUGGAGGUGAUAAGUCUAUGUUUACAAAGUUAUCUGCUAGAUCCAUGAUGGGAAGAUCUAGUGUAGCAAUCAGACAGUUUGUUCCGUCAAUGAAGACAGAAACGGGUGGAAGAAGAGUACCUGAGGUGGAAAACGACAAAACCCGCAGUAUAGGUGCAUUCUUUGGGUAUAGAGUAGUUGAGUAGCUAGAAGAAAUUCCUCAAGUGAUACUUAAAAGAAGUAUAUCGAUAUACUUGAGUAAAAGCCAGCCGGAAUAUCUGCCAAGGCACCUAAUUUUGCCACCACAACUGCAUUAAAAAUGUGCUGGAAAACUCGGCUUGUACUCGAAUGUAUCUGGUGCUUGUUUAGAUGGAUUGGGUCCCUUAGGUGUUUUGCAGUAAAUCUAAUCGCCUUCAGGUCCUUCACAUCUUUUGCAAAAGGUAAAUUUUAGAAGCUUUUAAAACAUGUCAAAUUAAACUCUACACUAAACAACUCCAAGAAGAAAAAUAUGCAUGUUUAUGUCACAAAUAAAAAAAUACAAGAG